AGGACCAGCAUCCGAUCCAUCGUCCCACAGGUUGUCAUCAGCACCCGCCGGCCGCAAGCAACCGACCAGCGCCCCGCCUGCGAGCACCACACCACACCACACCACACCGCACGACACCCCUCCCCCAACCAUGGAAGUUCUGCUCGGCCUCACUGGCAAAGAUUUUGUGCUGCUGGCGGCAGACGCCCGAAGCGCCCGCAGCAUCGUCGUCAUGAAGGACGGAGAAGACAAGUCGCGAAACCUGACCGACAACAUCCUGAUGAUGUACAUGGGCGAGCCCGGCGACACCGUCAACUUUGCAGAGUACAUCCAGUGCAACAUCAAGCUCUACGGCAUCCGAAAUUCGGCCCAGAUGUCGACCCAGGCUGCCGUGGCUUUCACUCGAAAGGAAAUGGCGACGAGCUUGAGAAGCAGGCAUCCCUACCAUGUCAACCUUCUGGUGGGCGGAACCGAUCCGAAAACCGGCCACCCGGAGCUCUACUGGCUCGAUCACUACGCCUCAUCGCACAAGAUGGACUUUGCCGCGCACGGAUAUGCCUCGUACUUUUGCAUGUCCACCAUGGAUCGAUACUGGAGGCCUGACCUCACGCUGGAGGAGGCCAAGGAGCUGCUCAAGAAGUGCAUCGGAGAGCUGAAGGUCCGGUUCAUUGGCAACUUCCCCGAGUUCAAUGUCAAAGUCGUCGACCGAAACGGCAUCCGAGCAGAGAAGCUCGACUUGUGAACGAAUACAGCUGCGGGGGUGCAGAGCUUUCCUCCCCUCCUCCCUCUGAAAAACAAAAACAAAAAAUGGCGUCGAAACGUGCUCAUUAUCACUACGGCAGUCCAUGGACAUGAAACCC